AUGGAGCUAAAUGACCGUGACCAAGAACAACUUCUUAUGGAUGUAGAAAUUUCCUGCCUCCCAGAAGUUAAAGGCGAAAAUCCGACACACCUCGCUAUUCUUAUUGCCGAAAAACUGGCUGUGAAGUUGUCUGAGGAGCAUAUUGUUAGUGCGGAGCGUAUGGGACCGCCACGCAGCUGUGUCGAGGGAGAAGGUGUACCUAAACCGCGGCCGUUAGUGGUGCGAUUGAUGCGGCGUUCAUUGCGUGAUCAACUAGUGCGGAGUGCAAGGGUGCGUCGAGGCGUUGAUAGUAAUGGCUUCAAUCAGCCUGGCUCGCCAAGAAAAUUUUAUUUCAAUGAACGUCUGAUGCGUACAAACCGUCAGCUUUUUUAUAAGGUCCGCCAAGAGGCCUCAAAGCAUGGCUGGAAAUAUGUAUGGACGCGUGAUGGUCGUAUUUAG